GAUUUUUAUGACUAAAUCGCAAAGCCAAUAGAGAGUAAUCUGUGCUUGUAGUUCUGUGACUUACAGUACGCUACACAUCUAACAGAAGUUAACCUGGUAAUGAUAUUACAUGUUACAUAUUCACGGGCAGGGUUUUCAGAUGCUUGGUCCAAUCUUGUUAACCCUUCUGGUGAUGAAUAUCCCAGUUGUUCAGAGUGGAAACAUUCUUGUAUUUCCUGUGGAUGGCAGUCACUGGGUCAACAUGAACAUUUUGGUUGAGGCACUUCACGCCAAAGGUCACAAUAUUACAGUCAUCCGCAUGAUAAACAGCUGGUACAUCAAAGAAUUCUCAUCUUGCUACACAUCAAUCACUCUGAAGUCUCCAGGGGGGUUUGAUGAAGAAUUCUUUAAGGUCUUUGCAUCCAGACUUUUGGAAAUUCAGAGGGAAGGCUCCAUUUGGGCUCGUCUGAAACUAGAGAUGGAGCUGUGGCAAUGUUUUUUAGAGAUGCUUAAAGGAGAAAAUGAGUUGAUAGUCAAGAUGUUUGAAAACCUGCAGCUUAUGCAGUCCUUAAAAGAUGCCAAAUAUGAUUUGAUUCUUACAGAUCCAGCCAUGUUUGGAGGUAUUAUACUGGGUCAUUAUCUGAAACUGCCCAUUGUCUACAAUGUCCGUUGGACAGUGUACAGUGAGGGUCAUUUUGCAAUAGCUCCUUCACCACUUUCUUAUGUUCCUUCACCAAUGCUGGAGUUACCAGACCGAAUGAGCUUCUUUGAAAGAGUAAAGAAUGUUGUGAUGUACGGCAUAGUUGAAACACAGGUUGCUCUGAUGAUCGCUCCAACUUAUAACGCACUUUGCGAGCGUUUCAUUGGGCCAGGAGUUUCCUACUUUACCUUACUUCAGGGUGCUGAUUUGUGGCUCCACAGGGUUGACUUCAUUUUUGAAUUUCCUCGACCCACUAUGCCAAACAUUGUCUACAUGGGGGGUUUUCAGUGCAAGCCAACAAAGCCUCUUCCACAAGACCUAGAGGACUUUGUGCAAAGCUCUGGUGAACAUGGUGUCAUUGUCAUGUCUCUGGGCACUCUCAUUGGUCAGCUUCCUGAUGAUGUGGCUGAGGCAAUUGCUGAAGCUUUUGCAGAACUUCCACAGAAGAUCAUCUGGAGGUACAAAGGAAAAAGACCAUCUGCACUAGGGAACAACACCUUAGUGAUGGACUGGAUACCUCAAAAUGAUCUUCUGGGUCAUCCCAAGACCAGAGCUUUUGUGGCACAUGGUGGAACGAAUGGAGUUCAAGAAGCCAUCUUCCAUGGGGUACCAAUCAUUGGAUUUGGACUGCUCUUUGAUCAGCCUGAUAAUCUUUCAAAAAUGAGAGUAAAGGGCGUUGCAAAGACUGUAGACUUUGCCACAGUGGAUAAGGACUCCUUCCUUAAAACUGUUAAAGAGGUCCUCUAUGAGCCCUCUUAUCAAGAGAACAUGCAGACACUUGCAAGCCUUCACAAGGAUGUUCCAGUGAAGCCUCUGGACAAUGCCAUCUUCUGGAUAGAGUUUGUUUUGAGGCACAAAGGUGCAGCUCACCUUCGAACAGAGUCGUACAAAAUGCCCUGGUAUUCUUAUCACUCUGUUGAUGUCAUACUGUUCCUGCUUUCUGCCAUGUUACUCAUAGUCCUGAUAAUAUACUCAGUUUUCAGAUGUUUGUGCUGCAGGAUAUGUAUGAGAAAAACAAAAAAUAAGCUAGAAUGAUAUUUCUCAACAUGAUUCUGAUGGUAGCCCUAUCAUGGCUUCUUUAUUUGUAAUAAAGGCUUUUAAACUCA